UACGGACAAGAUUUGUCAUCGGCCAUCUAUAUUCUGGAUCUGAAAGCGGAAAACUUUCCAAGAAUGAUCGUGGAAAAUAAUAUCUGGGCUCCCCGCGUCGUUAUCAGCGACCUGGGCAUCAAGUUCUGAAUUUAUGAUUACAUUUAAUAUCUGGUCUCCUCUCCCUCAUUGAUCAAAGCUAUGGAGAGAGAGAACCAAACGGCAUCGCUAAGUUCUCCUUUGAUUCAAAUCUCAGGAGAAGAUGGAUUAUUCUAAGUUGACACAGAGCGAAACAAGCAAAGAGGAUUAGAAACAAGUCAGGUUCUUGAAGAAGUGAGGAAUCUGUUAUGGCUAUCAGGGCCAUUGAUAUCUGUGAAUCUUUUAAAUUAUUGCUUACAAGUUAUAUCAGUCAUGUUCGUUGGGCAUCUAAGCAAAUUGGCUCUCUCCGGUUCCUCCACGGCUACAUCUUUUGCUUCGGUAACUGCUUUCAGCUUAUUGCAAGGAAUGGCAAGUGCAUUGGAUACCUUAUGUGGCCAAUCAUAUGGAGCAAAGCAGCAGCACAUGUUAGGGAUACACAUGCAAAGAGCCAUGCUAGUUCUUAUGAUUGUUAGCAUUCCACUUGCCAUUGUUUGGGCAGGAUCUAUUCUAAGUGCUUUAGGCCAAGAUCCUGAAAUAUCCGCAGAAGCAGGACAAUAUGCUCAGUUCAUGGUUCCAUGUCCUUUUGCUUAUGGUCUUAUACGAUGCCUAAGCAGAUUCUUACAAACCCAAAAUAUAGUGUUUCCAAUGAUGUUUGCUUCUGGAGUUACUGUGUUAUUACAUAUUCUUAUAUGUUACAUUAUGGUAUUCAAAUCUGGACUAGGAAAUAGAGGAGCUGCAUUGGCGAAUGCUACAUCUUACUGGGUUAAUGUUUUGAUAUUGUUAUUGUAUGUGAAGUUUUCUCCUUCUUGUGCUAAUAAAACUUGGUCGGGGUUUUCAAAAGAGGCUCUACAUAACGUUCCCACUUUUCUGAGACUUGCCAUUCCUUCAGCUAUUAUGGUUUGCUUGGAAAUGUGGUCAUUUGAAAUGAUGGUUCUCUUGUCUGGUUUACUUCCAAAUCCAAUGUUGGAAACAUCAGCUCUCUCUAUAUGCCUUAACACAGCUGCAAUUGUAUGGAUGAUUCCCUUUGGACUCAGUGGAGUUGUAAGCACUCGUGUCUCAAAUGAACUUAGAGCUGGUCAUCCACUUACUGCUCGUUUAGCAGUGUUUGUUGUGCUAGUAAUGGCCAUUAUUGAGGGCAUCUUAAUCGGAAUGGUUCUAAUGCUAAUACGAAAUAUCUGGGGAUGUGCUUAUAGUAACGAAGUAGUAGUAGUCAAAUAUGUAGCAACCAUGCUGCCAAUUCUUGCCAUAUCCAACUUUCUGGACGGACUCCAAUGUGUUCUUUCAACAAGAGGAUGUGGUUGGCAGAAAAUUGGAGCUUUUGUCAAUCUUGGGUCAUAUUAUUUAGUUGGGAUUCCGUCGGCUGUCUGUCUUGCUUUUGUCUUCUACAUUAGUGGCAAGGGACUUUGGUUGGGGAUCAUAUGUGCACUCCUCGUUCAAUUGGUAUCCUUAUUAAUAGUCACUAUACGCACUGAUUGGGACCAAGAGGCGAUGAAAGCUAGAGAUAGAGUGUAUGAUUCGGCAACUAUAGGGAGCCUGGUCUCGUGAAGCUGUCAGGCUCUCUAUACGCAAUGCAUGCCACAGAAAGUAUAUGUGGAAUUGUCAAUGUUGACACUUUAUGAAGCCAAAAUGCCAAAACCUUUCACCAUCUUGUUCGGCCUAAACAUACCACAAAAAGUACUAUAUGUGGAAUUCGCAAUGUUUGGCCUCAAAAACAUAAUCUGAUGCUGGAGCCACGUGAUAAUAUUGAUGGACAACAUUUAUGAUGCCACUUGAUCGCUUUUAUAGCUUCAACAUACGAUGUAAUUGAAGAAAGCUGGUUUGAUUUGUGAUGGCUAAAAACUGAAAGGUCCUUCUGAUUCAAUACACUGCAAAGAAUAAAAGAAAGAAGAAUUCAGGCCAAAUCCUUAUUUAAAAAAAAAUGAGUAAAUACGAAAUUUUGUGGGUUAGCUCAAACCUCAGCUACUAUUGUUGCGAGUUAUAAUUCGGUUUUAAAAAGAAGCGAGACAUUUUAAAAAAAUG